UUUGAGCUGCAGCAGCCCCAGGACAAGGUGUCGGUGAAAGCGAGAUCGACGCUCACUCUGAGCUGCACCGUGUCUGGAGACGGUCCCGCUGGCCCCGUGAAGUGGCUGAAGGGCUGGGGCAGAGGGAGCGAGGUCGCCUACGACCAGACGGGCUCCUUCCCCCGUGUGACGAGGGCAGAGGAUGGGUCCAACACAGACUUCACCAUCCACAUCAGGGACGUUCAACCCGAGGAUGCCGGCACCUAUUACUGCGUGAAGUUCCGCAAAUCGCCGGGCAGUGUUGAGGUUUUUCGGCAUGGAAAAGGCACAAAGGUGUCUGUAUACAGUGAGUGGGGCUCCCAGGGCAGCUCCCGGUGGGAACCAGCCCUGCCGGGUGCUGCCACUGGCUCAGCCCAUCCCAUCCCAGCCGGGUGGGCUCUGCUUGGGGACUGUGGGGUUCGGAAGAGGUUUUGGGGGUCUGUCCCAGGAAAGAGUCCCAUGGUGGGGGGAGCCAGCAUAGCAAGGGAUUGUUGGGCAGACUGUGGCCACAUCCCUGGGAGUGGCCAUGCCAUAAGCCUGACGUGAGGCUCAGGGGAUGCAUCUCAGCGUUCGGUGUUGCACAACCUUCCUGUGAGUAUUUGGGGCUCUUCCCUCACCGCCUCCCUUUCAGCUUGCUUUCAGCUCCAGCUGAAGAUUUGCUUUACUCCAGCAUGUCCUGGGUGUCCCAGUGUCUUCCCAUCCCACAGUCUCUUCCAGCAGUGCUCACUGCCCAGUGGGGCCGAGGGAUGGGGAUGACUCUUUGUCCCUUGCUCUAGG